GUAUUCAUUACUGCUUCUGUAUUCUUUCACGAAAGUUUUCGUGGUUCAGCAUACGAAAAUAACUUCCAAAACUACUUUUCCAUUGUAUUCACAAGUUUUAAUUUUUUCUUUCUUGGGCUUGCCUUAUAUACUCAUAAUUUGGAAAAUAUUCCUCGCCGAAUAACCAUAACGCUUAUAUUUAUGGUAUUAAAAUUUUUAUUAAUUGCAAUAUCUACCCAAUAUGUUGAGUCGUUUGGCCCUACGUAUUAUUUCUAUUUUGUUAUCGCAUUGAUUGGUAUCGCGGGUGUGACAACUGCGUUUCUUCAAAAUGAAAUAUUCGCUCUCGUCUCUCAAUUUUCACCUAAUUAUACUGUAUCGGUCAUGAGCGGUCAAGGUUUGGCCGGGUCUGCAGUUGCUAUCUUUCAAAUUCUCAGUGCUUUGGCCGCCCCACCAUCAACAACAUUUGACACGCUGGAAGAAAAUGAUUUGUCACGCAGUGCACUUUUAUAUUUUCUUUGUGCCUUUAUAAUUGUUAUUUUGGCUUUAAUAUCUUUUUAUUUUAUUCUGAUUCGCUCGCCUCUUUAUCUACAUCACAGAGAGCAAGCGCGAAGAGUAGAAACUAUAUGUGAUAUAAAUUCAAUUAGAGCAACAUUUGAUAAUAUCCGUAUUCUCGUAUUUGCAGUGGGAUUUGUCUUCACUGUGACCCUGUCUGUUUAUCCCUCAAUAACUGCAUAUAUCAAAUCAACUGUUAAGGAUGAAAACAAAAAUAAAUUCCGCCAAGAUUAUUUAUUUAUUCCUUUACAUUUCUUGAUAUUUAACCUUGGAGAUUUGCUCGGUCGAUCUCUACCUUCUCUACAGUUCUUUAUUAUAACAGAUUCUGUAAAACUUGCACGCAUGUCGAGUGCACGUAUUAUAUUUUUGCCACUUUUCUUAAUGUGCAACGUGGAUAUUGGUUCAAUUGGAAUGAGAACCUUUCCAUUAUUUAUUAACAGCGAUUUAAUAUAUUUCUUGAUCUUGUUGCUGUUUGCAAUAACUAAUGGUUAUAUGGGUUCUUUAACAAUGAUGGCUGCACCACAAGUUGAAGGUGUUGCAAGAGACCUUGCUGGAACUAUUAUGUCAUUUGGAUUAGUUUUUGGAUUAGUUCUUGGUUCUAUCUUUUCUUUUCCAAUGCUUGCGAUCAGUUGUGGCUGCAAUCCAAUUGGGAAAUAAUUGGAAAUACAUUAUAAUAUAAAUAAAUCUUUAUACAUGUAUUUCAUGUAUUUAAUUGUCAUAGUUUUUUUUAUCUUAUAUCUUACAUAUAUCAUAUCAUUAACUAUUAACUUUGCAUAGUAUUAAAAAAUGGGAAAAUUUUUUUUUUAAAUUAUAGGAAAAAUACAAUUCAUUAAUUUUAAACCUAUCAUUUGUUUUUCUCAAAGGCCUCCACAACUUCGGGAGUAGGACUAGCUCCUUUUGACAUUAAAAAUUCAGCCAUCUUCCAAUUUUUCUUUUCCACGGCAACCUUCAACGCAAUUGAAUCAGCUUUUACAUCUUCAUUAUUUAACAAUAAUUUAACCAUAUCGAAAUCAUUUGAUUUUGAAGCCACUGUCAAAGCCAUAUUAUCUUUGAUAUCAGCUUUAGCGCCAAAAGAUAUUAGAAGUUCUGCCAUU